GAUGUGAUCUUAAAACACAUGCACCAAAAUUGAUAACAGCACCAUCGCCUUCAGGAGCACCAUUCCAAGUAAGCGUUGUAAUGCCAGCACGAAGUAGACUUACUACUUAUUACAAUAUGUAG